ACCAGGCUUGGGAUGUACUGGAACCGGGUUCGAAGCGACCUUCCGAGCACCAUACCGGCUCAGCCCUACGGAGCUGACCGACAUGAAAAAACAGAUCGAGUAUCUCCUAGCCAAAGGACUCAUCCGACCAUCCACUUCGCCAUACGGUGCCCCAGUACUCUUCACACCGAAACCGGACGGAAGCCUGCGCAUGUGCAUCGACUACCGAGCUCUUAACAAGCAGACCAUCAAGAAUAAAUAUCCGAUACCGCGAAUCGAUGACCUGCUUGACCAGCUUCGGGGAGCUACGGUAUUUUCCAAACUGGAUCUGCGGUCCGGAUACUGGCAGAUACGGAUGGCGGACAACUCUAUCCACAAAACUGCUUUCCGAACUCGGUACGGAUCGUACGAGUAUUUGGUAAUGCCGUUCGGACUCACCAACGCACCGGCAACGUUCCAAGCCGAAAUGAACCACAUUCUACGACCACUUCUGGACGAAUGCGUGGUGGUGUACCUGGACGACAUACUCAUCUACUCGCGCGACAUGAAGCAGCACGUCGAACACCUGCGACGCGUCUUCGAAAUUCUUCGACGGAACGAUUCUACGUCAAACUGUCCAAGAGCGAAUUCGCCCUUGAAAAGGUCCAGUUCCUAGGACACAUGGUGAGCGCUCAAGG